AGUGAUCAAAGCACCAGGCGGUGGCUCUUCAAACAUUUUCGGCCCCGAAGGAGGCAAACAGCAAAGCAACGGCAAUGGCUCGUGCAGUGAAACAGAGUCCGUCGACGGCUCUGUCCUUUCCUGUCCCUCCACCCCGGUGCACAACGGCAACGGCAAUGGCUCUGCCUUUGGCUACGAAUCGGACACCAGCUCUACGCCCAGUUCGGCUGCCUCCAGCCGCCGUGGUUCGCUUGCCGAGACGAAGAAUCGCGUCUUUGGAUUGGCCGAGGCGGCCCCAACUGAGUCGCCCCGUCGCCGUGUCGUCGACCGCAUGAAGUCAAACAUCUUUGCCGAGCCUGAGCCGGCUCCCAUUGUACGCACGCCUUCAGUGAAGAAGUACGAGCACGUUGUGAACCGAAACCCCAUCACUGGUGAGGUAUUGGACAAGGCAGUUGCUCCACCUGCCAACGGAACUGCCAAUGGCAAUGGAACCGUCAAUGGUGUCAAUGGAUCUGCAUCUAUGCCAAAUACUCCAGUCCGCGUUCGACAGCCACCAGGUGGAAAGUCAUCGAACAUCUUUGGCUAA